CACAGAAAAAAAAAGUUUAAAUCAACUCAGAGCAGAGGAGGGAGGAGGGGGAAGAAAACGCCCUGGAAACUUGGUUGAUCGAGAAAUAGGAAAAGUGUGACAGAAUCCUUACAGACUGUAAAGUUGCGACUGGAAGAAGUGCUUUUCUUGGGCUGAGGAGCAGGGGACAGGACACGUUUUCAAGGAUGCUCAAGCUGGUGUGAGGCUUCGUGGGCGCUAAGACUGCGCACAGAAGCCAAGAAUACGAGAACCACAGCAGCAGACUGAAGGCCUCGGCCUUGCUUGAGCAAUCCAAGGAAAACCAAAAAGGAAUUUACAACACACCAGGGCUUAAAUAGAGAAAAGCAAAAACAAGAUGGCUGAAGAGGAAGAAACCAGAGAGGUGCUGUUUCCAGAUUGGGAGGGUCCAGACAAAACUGGCCUGACCAUUGAACAGACAAGUGAAGGAGAGAUCUUUGUUAAGGAAGUGAAAGGAGAGUCACCUGCAGCACGGUCUGGAAGAGUAUAUGAAGGUGACCAGAUUGUAGGUGCCACUGUCUACUUUGAUAACAUGAGCUCAGAAGAAACAGCUGAGCUACUGAAGACAUUGAACCGGCACAAGGUUGGACUGAAACUACAAAACAAAGGAGACAAAUCCCCUUGCUGCUCGCCCUUGAGCACACCAUGUCGUUCACCAAUUGGCACCCUGACAUGGGAAGGGAAGACCCGAUUUGGAGGUUCCAGUCCAGACAUCAUCCUUAGUGGGGAGGAUGAGGACUAUAAGAGAAUAUACACAAAAAAGAUUAAACCAAGGCUGAAAUCUGAAGACCUUGCAGAGGGAGUAGAUGUUCGUACAGAGCGGCACAGCAGCACAAGCAGUGAUGGCAGCACAAUUACUACGAUCACCCGCCGCAUCACUACCUACACCGUUGAUAUGCCAGGUGGCAUAAGUGAGCAACUUGAAAUUUCAAGCCCAGAAUUAAAGGGGCUAAGACAUGAAUCUGGAGAUGGCUCUCCCCGUGUCAGUAUCUUACAUGGCAGCCCUUCAGGUAAAGUGGGAGCAGAAGGGGGAGUUUUUGAGUCAAGCAAUGUCUCUUACACUGGGCCACAAGGUAGCUCCACAGAGGCACACUGGGGCACUGGGGGUGUUCAGACCACAAUAACUACAAGAGAGUUAGAAAGAGGUUCAGGUCAUGGAUUUAAAGGGCCUAACUUUGGAGUUCAAGGUGUUAAAUACCAUGAAGGCUUUGAGAUCUCAAGAGGAGAGCAAGGUGAUAGAAGCAUUCAGAUGUCAGGAACAAGCAUGACACUAAGAGACAGCACUAACACUGAUAGUAGGCAUGUUACAAUAGGACAUUUGGGAGGUGCAGGGAUAACCUCAACUGAUGAGAAUGGAGGGUCAAUUAGUAUGUCUUCACCAGGAAGAAGCAUGCAGAUUUUGACCUCAUCCGUGAAUAAAACACAGGAGGGAAGUGUAGACACCAGUUUAAGUGAGAUGACAAAGGUGAAGGUAUCUGAAACUACCAUUAGCCACCCGCAGACAAGGGGAUCAGGCAGUAUUGAAAUUCCAAAAGUCAGACUUGGUGGAGGCUCUACAGGUAUUGAUACUGAUUUGAGAAGUGGCAGGAUAGGAGGAACAGAAAUAACAGUUGGCAACGUUACCUCAGGAUAUUCCUCAGGUAGGGAUGGUUCAAAAUUGAAAGGCGAGGUGGAUGUCAACCUGCCAAGCACAAGGGAAGGGAUAAAAGUAUCUGGAAUCGGCACUGAAGUCUCAGGCUAUGAAAAGGACACUGUGAGUGGCCAGGCCAAGAUGCCUGUGUUUGAAAUAAAAGGAAACAAGAGAGAGGGAACUAGUGUUGAAGUUAAACUCAGCGGGGAUUCAGGUAUGUCAAAUGUAAGACUUCCAGAGGCUGACUUUGCAGCACCUGAAAUCAACUCUGCCAUUCAAACCAAAGUACCAAAGAUUGAUAGCAAAUACAAAAUGGAAGUGUCUAAGGUUAAAAUUCCAUCAUUAUCUGGGCGAGAUACAGAUGUGAACCUGAGAGCUUCCAAGCUAGAGGGAAACAUUGAUGUAACACUGCCAAUGGCUGAGGGGGGAAUUAAGGCACCCAAAAUAGACUUUACAGGUCCAGCUAUAAAUAUUGAGGGAAAAGAAGGAGACUUAAAAAUGCCAUCAUUUGGGGCCGAGGGACCAAAGGGAUCCACGAUGCCAGAAUGGGAUGUCAGUCUGAAAGGAAGUAGGAAGGGAGAUGUGGACACAUCAGUUCCAAAGAUUGAGGGGCAAACAACAAAACCUGAAGUUCAGAUCAAAGGACCAGGAGUUGAUUUUGGAAGAACUAAAGGUGGAUUUGAGAGGCCUGGAAUCAAAAUUCAAUCAUCUGGCUUUACAGGUCCUAAGGUGGAAGCUCCAGAUGUUGGUGUAAAAGUUACCAAACCUGAAAUUGAUGUCAAGGCACCUGGGGUUGGCAUUAACGCAACCAAAGUCAAUGUUAUUAGCCAAGAUGUAGACGUGAAAGCUCCCAAAGUGGAUAUUCACAUAAAAGGACCUGAUGAUGAAUUCAACCAGCAAAAAUUUACAAUGCAAUCUAUUGGCCUUACAAGUCAGAAACUUGAAGGUGACAAGGCUGUGUCUGUACAAAUGACAAAAGGAAACAUAACAGCACCUGAUGUUGACAUCAAAGGUCCACAAGUUAAUAUUGAGGGGCCAAAGGGUGGACUUGAAAUGUCAAAAAUAAAAAUGCAAUCACUUGGCAUCAAAGGCCAAAAACUGGAGGGUUCAGACGUUGAUAUAGACCUUUCCAAAGGUAACAUUGACUUGAAAGGACCUGUGGUGGACAUAAAAGCACUGGAAGUUGAUGCUGACAGACUGAAUGGAAAACGUUCCAUGCAAGAAAUGGAUAUAAAUCUGAGAGGUCCCUCACUCAAACAUGAUGUGGAUGUGUCAUUGCCAAGGACAGGAGGGGACCCAAAAACAACAGAAGCAAGCAUUAAAGCCCCAGAGAUUGAUGUUGAAGGCCCUGAUGCAAAAUUAAAAGGAUCCAAAAUCAAACUGGGUCAAAGAGGGGCAAAGUUGCCAGGAUGGGAUAUUGGUGUAAAAGGGCCGAAAAUACAGGGAGAUGUCGAUGUGUCAGCUCCAAAGAUUGAGGGUGUCCUAAAAACACCUCAAGUUGACAUCAAAGGUCCAGAGAUGGAUACCGAAGGAGCUAAGAUUGGAUUUGACGUGCCGAAAAUCAAAAUGUCAAAGUUUGGCUUGAAAGGUACAAGAGCGGAGGGUCCAGAUGUUGAUUUAAGUCUUCCUGAAGCUAACAUUGAUGCCAAAGCUCCUAAAAUUGACAUCAAAGGUCCAGAAGUUGAUAUUGAAGGCCCUGAUGCAAACGUGCAAGGACCCCACAUCAAACUGCCUUCAAUAAAAGGACCGAAGCUGCCGGAAUGGGACAUUAGUCUGAAAGGGCCCACAAUAAAGGGAGAUGCUGAUGUGUCAGUUCCAAAGAUUGAGGGAGAAAUUAAAGGUCCUAAGGUUGAUAUUGAAGGGCCAGAUGUUGAUAUUGAGGGCUCCAGGGGAGGAUUUAAAAUACCUACAUUUAAAAUGCCAUCCUUUGGGCAGAGAAGUCCUAAAGAUGAAGGGCUAGAGGUUGACGUGAACCUCCCAAAAGCUGACAUUGAUAUUAAAGCUCCUGAGUUGGCCAUCAAAGGACCAGACGUUGAAGGUCCAAGUGGCAAAGUCAAAGGAUCCAAAGUCGACAUGCCAAGCAUUUCCAGAACAAAACUUUCAAUGCCAGAUGUGGAUGUAUCAGCUCCAAAGAUUGAGGGUCACAUAAAAACCCCUAAAGGUAACAUCAAAGGUCCACAGAUGGAUAUCAAAGGAGCUAAGAUUGGAUUUGGCAUGCCGAAAAUCGAAACAUCAAAAUUUGGCUUGAAAGGUCCAAAAGUGGAGGGUUCAGAUGUUGAUAUCAACCUCCCCGAAGCCAACAUUGAUGUUACAGCUCCUGACAUCAAAGGUCCAGAGGUUGAUAUUGAAGGCCCUGAUGCAAACUUGAAAGGAUCCCACUUCAAACUGCCUUCAAUAAUAGGACCCAAGCUGCCAGAAUGGGAUCUAAGUGUUAAAGGCCCCAAAAUAAAGGGAGAUGCCGAUGUGUCAGUUCCAAAGGUUGAGGGUGAAAUAAAAGCACCUGAAGUUGAUGUCAAAAGUCAAGAGUUGGACAUUGAAGGGUCUAAGGGUGGAUUUGACAUGCCAAAAUUAAAAAUGCCAAAGUUUGGCUUCAAAGGUCCAAAGGUGGACGGUCCAGAUCUUGAUAUAAACCUCCCCAAAGCAAAUAUCGAUCUCAAAGCACCUGGUGUUGACAUAAAAGGGCCACAGGUUAACAUUGAAGGACCAGAUGUUGACAUUGAGGGCACCAAAGGAGGAUUCAAACUGCCUACAAUGAAAAUGCCAGAUGUUGACAUUGAGGGCCACAAAGGAGGAUUUAAAAUGCCUUCAAUCAAAAUGCCAUCGUUCAACUUGAAAGGUCCAAAACUGGAGGGUCCAGAUGUUGAUGUAAAACUCCCCAAAGCAAAUAUCGAUAUGAAAGCACCUGAUGUUGACAUUAAAGGUCCAGAGGUUGACAUUGAAGGCCCUGAUGCAAACUUGAAAGGAACCCACUUCAACCUACCUUCAAUUAAAGGACCCAAGCUGCCAGAAUGGGAUCUAAGUCUGAAAGGGCCCAAAAUAAAGGGAGAUGCCGAUGUGUCAGUUCCAAAGCUUGAGGGUGAAAUAAGAGGUCCAAAGGUUGAUAUUGAAGGACCAGAUGUUGACAUUGAGGGCCCCAAAGGAGGAUUCAAAAUGCCUACAAUCAAAAUGCCAUCACUUGGCUUCAAAGGUCCAAAAGUGGAGGGUCCAGAUGUUGAUAUCAACCUCCCAAAAGGAAAUAUUGAUCUGAAAGCUCCUGACCUUGACAUCAAAGGUCCAGAGGUUGAUAUUGAAGGACCAGAUGUUGACAUUGAGGGCCACAAAGGAGGAUUUAAAAUGCCUUCAAUCAAAAUGCCAUCGUUCAACUUGAAAGGUCCAAAACUGGAGGGUCCAGAUGUUGAUGUAAAACUCCCCAAAGCAAAUAUCGAUAUGAAAGCACCUGAUGUUGACAUUAAAGGUCCAGAGGUUGACAUUGAAGGCCCUGAUGCAAACUUGAAAGGAACCCACUUCAACCUACCUUCAAUUAAAGGACCCAAGCUGCCAGAAUGGGAUCUAAGUCUGAAAGGGCCCAAAAUAAAGGGAGAUGCCGAUGUGUCAGUUCCAAAGCUUGAGGGUGAAAUAAGAGCUCCUGACCUUGACAUCAAAGGUCCAGAGGUUGAUAUUGAAGGACCAGAUGUUGACAUUGAGGGCCACAAAGGAGGAUUUAAAAUGCCUUCAAUCAAAAUGCCAUCGUUCAACUUGAAAGGUCCAAAACUGGAGGGUCCAGAUGUUGAUGUAAAACUCCCCAAAGCAAAUAUCGAUAUGAAAGCACCUGAUGUUGACAUUAAAGGUCCAGAGGUUGACAUUGAAGGCCCUGAUGCAAACUUGAAAGGAACCCACUUCAACCUACCUUCAAUUAAAGGACCCAAGCUGCCAGAAUGGGAUCUAAGUCUGAAAGGGCCCAAAAUAAAGGGAGAUGCCGAUGUGUCAGUUCCAAAGCUUGAGGGUGAAAUAAGAGGUCCAAAGGUUGAUAUUGAAGGACCAGAUGUUGACAUUGAGGGCCCCAAAGGAGGAUUCAAAAUGCCUACAAUCAAAAUGCCAUCACUUGGCUUCAAAGGUCCAAAAGUGGAGGGUCCAGAUGUUGAUAUCAACCUCCCAAAAGGAAAUAUUGAUCUGAAAGCUCCUGACCUUGACAUCAAAGUUCCAAAGGUUGAUAUUGAAGGACCAGAUGUUGACAUUGAGGGCCCCAAAGGAGGAUUCAAAAUGCCUACAAUCAAAAUGCCAUCGUUUAACUUGAAAGGUCCAAAAGUGGAGGGUCCAGAUGUUGAUAUCAACCUCCCAAAAGGAAAUAUUGGUCUGAAAGCUCCUGCCCUUGACAUCAAAGGCCCAGAGGUUGAUAUUGAAGGACCAAAUGUUGACAUUGAGGGCCACAAAGGAGGAUUUAAAAUGCCUUCAAUCAAAAUGCCAUCGUUCAACUUGAAAGGUCCAAAACUGGAGGGUCCAGAUGUUGAUGUAAAACUCCCCAAAGCAAAUAUCGAUAUGAAAGCACCUGAUGUUGACAUUAAAGGUCCAGAGGUUGACAUUGAAGGCCCUGAUGCAAACUUGAAAGGAACCCACUUCAACCUACCUUCAAUUAAAGGACCCAAGCUGCCAGAAUGGGAUCUAAGUCUGAAAGGGCCCAAAAUAAAGGGAGAUGCCGAUGUGUCAGUUCCAAAGCUUGAGGGUGAAAUAAGAGGUCCAAAGGUUGAUAUUGAAGGACCAGAUGUUGACAUUGAGGGCCCCAAAGGAGGAUUCAAAAUGCCUACAAUCAAAAUGCCAUCACUUGGCUUCAAAGGUCCAAAAGUGGAGGGUCCAGAUGUUGAUAUCAACCUCCCAAAAGGAAAUAUUGAUCUGAAAGCUCCUGACCUUGACAUCAAAGGUCCAGAGGUUGAUAUUGAAGGACCAGAUGUUGACAUUGAGGGCCACAAAGGAGGAUUUAAAAUGCCUUCAAUCAAAAUGCCAUCGUUCAACUUGAAAGGUCCAAAACUGGAGGGUCCAGAUGUUGAUGUAAAACUCCCCAAAGCAAAUAUCGAUAUGAAAGCACCUGAUGUUGACAUUAAAGGUCCAGAGGUUGACAUUGAAGGCCCUGAUGCAAACUUGAAAGGAACCCACUUCAAACUGCCUUCAAUUAAAGGACCCAAGCUGCCAGAAUGGGAUCUAAGUCUGAAAGGACCCAAAAUAAAGGGAGAUGCCGAUGUGUCAGUUCCAAAGCUUGAGGGUGAAAUAAGAGGUCCAAAGGUUGAUAUUGAAGGACCAGAUGUUGACAUUGAGGGCCCCAAAGGAGGAUUCAAAAUGCCUACAAUCAAAAUGCCAUCACUUGGCUUCAAAGGUCCAAAAGUGGAGGGUCCAGAUGUUGAUAUCAACCUCCCAAAAGGAAAUAUUGAUCUGAAAGCUCCUGACCUUGACAUCAAAGGUCCAGAGGUUGAUAUUGAAGGACCAGAUGUUGACAUUGAGGGCCACAAAGGAGGAUUUAAAAUGCCUUCAAUCAAAAUGCCAUCGUUCAACUUGAAAGGUCCAAAACUGGAGGGUCCAGAUGUUGAUGUAAAACUCCCCAAAGCAAAUAUCGAUAUGAAAGCACCUGAUGUUGACAUUAAAGGUCCAGAGGUUGACAUUGAAGGCCCUGAUGCAAACUUGAAAGGAACCCACUUCAAACUGCCUUCAAUUAAAGGACCCAAGCUGCCAGAAUGGGAUCUAAGUCUGAAAGGACCCAAAAUAAAGGGAGAUGCCGAUGUGUCAGUUCCAAAGCUUGAGGGUGAAAUAAGAGGUCCAAAGGUUGAUAUUGAAGGACCAGAUGUUGACAUUGAGGGCCCCAAAGGAGGAUUCAAAAUGCCUACAAUCAAAAUGCCAUCGUUUAACUUGAAAGGGCCAAAAGUGGACGGUCCAGAUCUUGAUAUAAACCUCCCCAAAGCAAAUAUUGAUAUCAAAACACCUGAUGUUGACAUAAAAGGGCCACAGGUUAACAUUGAAGGACCAGAUGUUGACAUUGAGGGCACCAAAGGAGGAUUCAAAAUGCCUACAAUCAAAAUGCCAUCACUUGGCUUCAAAGGUCCAAAAGUGGAGGGUCCAGAUGUUGAUAUCAACCUCCCAAAAGGAAAUAUUGGUCUGAAAGCUCCUGCCCUUGACAUCAAAGGCCCAGAGGUUGAUAUUGAAGGACCAAAUGUUGACAUUGAGGGCCACAAAGGAGGAUUUAAAAUGCCUUCAAUCAAAAUGCCAUCGUUCAACUUGAAAGGUCCAAAACUGGAGGGUCCAGAUGUUGAUGUAAAACUCCCCAAAGCAAAUAUCGAUAUGAAAGCACCUGAUGUUGACAUUAAAGGUCCAGAGGUUGACAUUGAAGGCCCUGAUGCAAACUUGAAAGGAACCCACUUCAACCUACCUUCAAUUAAAGGACCCAAGCUGCCAGAAUGGGAUCUAAGUCUGAAAGGGCCCAAAAUAAAGGGAGAUGCCGAUGUGUCAGUUCCAAAGCUUGAGGGUGAAAUAAGAGGUCCAAAGGUUGAUAUUGAAGGACCAGAUGUUGACAUUGAGGGCCCCAAAGGAGGAUUCAAAAUGCCUACAAUCAAAAUGCCAUCACUUGGCUUCAAAGGUCCAAAAGUGGAGGGUCCAGAUGUUGAUAUCAACCUCCAAAAAGGAAAUAUUGAUCUGAAAGCUCCUGACCUUGACAUCAAAGGUCCAGAGGUUGAUAUUGAAGGACCAGAUGUUGACAUUGAGGGCCACAAAGGAGGAUUUAAAAUGCCUUCAAUCAAAAUGCCAUCGUUCAACUUGAAAGGUCCAAAACUGGAGGGUCCAGAUGUUGAUGUAAAACUCCCCAAAGCAAAUAUCGAUAUGAAAGCACCUGAUGUUGACAUUAAAGGUCCAGAGGUUGACAUUGAAGGCCCUGAUGCAAACUUGAAAGGAACCCACUUCAAACUGCCUUCAAUUAAAGGACCCAAGCUGCCAGAAUGGGAUCUAAGUCUGAAAGGGCCAAAAAUAAAGGGAGAUGCCGAUGUGUCAGUUCCAAAGAUUGAGGGUGAAAUUAAAGGACCCAAGGUUGAUAUUGAAGGACCAGAUGUUGACAUUGAGGGGAAAGGAGGAUUCAAAAUGCCUACAAUCAAAAUGCCAUCGUUUGGCUUCAGUGGUCCACAAGUGGAGGGUCCAGAAGUUGAUAUAAACCUUCCCAAAGCAAAUAUCGAUAUGAAAGCCCCAAAGCUUGACAUUAAAGGGCCAGAGGUUGAUAUUGAAGGACAAGGUGGAAAAUUCAAAGGACCGAAAUUCAAAAUGCCAACUAUAUCAGGACCGAAAAUAUCCAUGCCAGAUGUGGAUUUCAACCUGAAAGGUCCCCAAAUCAAAGGUGAUGUGGAUAUGUCACUACCAAAGAUUGAGGGUGACAUAAAACCACCUGACCUUGACAUCAAAGGUCCAGAGUUUGAUAUUAAAGGGGAUAAAGGUGGAUUUGACAUGCCUAAAAUCAAAAUGCCAACAAUAUCAGGACCGAAGCUGCCAGAUUUGGAUAUUGGUCUGAAAGGACCCAAGAUCAAGGGAGAUGUGUCAGCACCAAAGAUCAAAGCAGACAUUAAAUCACCUGAUGUUGAAAUUACAGGUCCUAAUGUUGAUAUUCAAAUUCCAGAGGAAAAACUAAGUGCACCAAAGGUGAAGUUACCAAAAAUAUCUGGACCAAAAGUAUCAUUGCCAGACGUUGAUAUAAAUCUAAAAGGGCCAAAGUUCAAGGGUGAUUUGAAAGGGGAUGUUCAAUUGCCAAAAGCUGAACUUGAGGGACCAGAUGUAACAAUUGACGUUCCGGAAAUUGGAACAAAGAAACACAAAUUUAAAAUGCCAAAGUUUGGAUUUAAGGGGCAGAAGAUAAAGGCCCCAGAAGCUGAUGUGAAAAUGGGAAAAGGGGAAAUCAGCAUCAAGGGGAAGACAGGUAGCUCUGAAGGUCUUGAUCUUGACCUGGGAUUGACAGGUUCGAAAGCUAAAGGAUCCAAAUUCAAGUUGCCAAAAUUUGGUUUCAAAGGUCCAAAGGUUGAAAUGCCAGAUGUUGAUAUUAAUCUCCCCAAAGCUGGAAUUGAUAUAAAAACUCCAGAUGUUGACCUUGAAGGACCAGAUGUUAAAAUUGAGAGUCCAGAUGCCAAAAUUAAAGGAACCAAAAUCAAAAUGCCAACUAUCCCAGGACCAAAGAUUUCCAUGCCGGAUGUGGAUUUCAAACUGAAAGGUCCAAAAAUUAAAGGUGAUGUGGAUAUGUCACUGCCAAAGAUUGAGGGUGAUAUGAAAACACCUGAAGUUGAAGUCAAAGGACCAGGGGUUGAUCUUGAAGGGCCCAAAUUAAAGGGAGAUGCUGAUGUGUCAGUUCCAAAGAUUGAGGGUGAAAUAAAAGGUCCUAAGAUCGAUAUUGAAGGACCAGGUUUUGAUAUUGAGGGCCACAAAGGAGGAUUCAAAAUGCCUACAAUCAAAAUGCCAUCAUUCAACUUGAAAGGUCCAAAACUGGAGGGUCCAGAUGUUGAUGUAAAACUCCCCAAAGCAAAUAUCGAUAUGAAAGCACCUGAUGUUGACAUUAAAGGUCCAGAGGUUGACAUUGAAGGCCCUGAUGCAAAAUUCAAAGGACCGAAAUUCAAAAUGCCACAUAUCUCAGGACCAAACAUUUCAAUGCCAGAUGUGGAUUUCAACCUGAAAGGUCCCCAAAUGAAAGGUGAUUUGGAUAUGUCACUGCCAAAGAUUGAGGGUGACAUAAAAGCACCUCAAGUUGAUGUCAAAGGUCCAGAGUUGGACAUCGAAGGGCCUAAGGGUGGAUUUGACAUGCCAAAAUUCAAAAUGCCAAAGUUUGGCUUCAAAGGUCCAAAAAUGGAAGGACCAGAUGUUGAUAUCAACCUCCCCAAAGGAGAUAUUGAUCUGAAAGCUCCUGACCUUGGAAUCAAAGGUCCAGAGGUUGAUAUCAAAGGACCUAAGGGUGGAUUUGAAAUGCCUACAAUCAAAAUGCCAUCAUUUGGCCUUAGUGGUCCAAAAGGAGAGGGUCCAGAUGUUGAGGUCAACCUCCCCAAGGCAAACAUUGACGUCAAAGGUCCAGAGGUUGAUAUUGAAGGCCCUGAUGCAAACUUGAAGGGACCCCACUUCAAACUGCCUUCAAUAAGAGGACCCAAGCUACCAGAAUGGGAUCUAAGUCUGAAAGGGCCCAAAUUAAAGGGAGAUGCUGAUUUUUCAGUUCCGGACAUUGAAGGUGAGAUAAAAGCACCCAAGGUUGAUAUUGAAGGACCAGAUGUUGACAUUGAGGGGAAAGGAGGAUUCAAAAUGCCUACAAUCAAAAUGCCAACAUUUGGCUUCAAAAGUCCAAAAGUGGAGGGUCCAGAUGUUGAUGUUGACAUUAAAGGGCCAGAGGUUGACAUUGAAGGACAAGGUGCGAAAUUCAAAGGACCGAAAUUCAAAAUGCCACAUAUCUCAGGACCAAACAUUUCAAUGCCAGAUGUGGAUUUCAACAUGAAAGGUCCCCAAAUGAAAGGUGAUUUGGAUAUGUCACUGCCAAAGAUUGAGGGUGACAUAAAAGCACCUCAAGUUGAUGUCAAAGGUCCAGAGUUGGACAUCGAAGGGCCUAAGGGUGGAUUUGACAUGCCAAAAUUCAAAAUGCCAAAGUUUGGCUUCAAAGGUCCAAAAAUGGAAGGACCAGAUGUUGAUAUCAACCUCCCCAAAGGAGAUAUUGAUCUGAAAGCUCCUGACCUUGGAAUCAAAGGUCCAGAGGUUGAUAUCAAAGGACCUAAGGGUGGAUUUGAAAUGCCUACAAUCAAAAUGCCAUCAUUUGGCCUUAGUGGUCCAAAAGGAGAGGGUCCAGAUGUUGAGGUCAACCUCCCCAAGGCAAACAUUGACGUCAAAGGUCCAGAGGUUGAUAUUGAAGGCCCUGAUGCAAACUUGAAGGGACCCCACUUCAAACUGCCUUCAAUAAGAGGACCCAAGCUACCAGAAUGGGAUCUAAGUCUGAAAGGGCCCAAAUUAAAGGGAGAUGCUGAUUUUUCAGUUCCGGACAUUGAAGGUGAGAUAAAAGCACCCAAGGUUGAUAUUGAAGGACCAGAUGUUGACAUUGAGGGGAAAGGAGGAUUCAAAAUGCCUACAAUCAAAAUGCCAACAUUUGGCUUCAAAAGUCCAAAAGUGGAGGGUCCAGAUGUUGAUGUUGACAUUAAAGGGCCAGAGGUUGACAUUGAAGGACAAGGUGCGAAAUUCAAAGGACCGAAAUUCAAAAUGCCACAUAUCUCAGGACCAAACAUUUCAAUGCCAGAUGUGGAUUUCAACCUGAAAGGUCCCCAAAUGAAAGGUGAUUUGGAUAUGUCACUGCCAAAGAUUGAGGGUGACAUAAAAGCACCUCAAGUUGAUGUCAAAGGUCCAGAGUUGGACAUCGAAGGGCCUAAGGGUGGAUUUGACAUGCCAAAAUUCAAAAUGCCAAAGUUUGGCUUCAAAGGUCCAAAAAUGGAAGGACCAGAUGUUGAUAUCAACCUCCCCAAAGGAGAUAUUGAUCUGAAAGCUCCUGACCUUGGAAUCAAAGGUCCAGAGGUUGAUAUCAAAGGACCUAAGGGUGGAUUUGAAAUGCCUACAAUCAAAAUGCCAUCAUUUGGCCUUAGUGGUCCAAAAGGAGAGGGUCCAGAUGUUGAGGUCAACCUCCCCAAGGCAAACAUUGACGUCAAAGGUCCAGAGAUUGAUAUUGAAGGCCCUGAUGCAAACUUGAAGGGACCCCACUUCAAACUGCCUUCAAUAAGAGGACCCAAGCUUCCAGAAUGGGAUUUAAGUCUGAAAGGGCCCAAAUUAAAGGGAGAUGCUGAUUUUUCAGUUCCGGACAUUGAAGGUGAGAUAAAAGCACCCAAGGUUGAUAUUGAAGGACCAGAUGUUGACAUUGAGGGGAAAGGAGGAUUCAAAAUGCCUACAAUCAAAAUGCCAACAUUUGGCUUCAAAAGUCCAAAAGUGGAGGGUCCAGAUGUUGAUGUUGACAUUAAAGGGCCAGAGGUUGACAUUGAAGGACAAGGUGCGAAAUUCAAAGGACCGAAAUUCAAAAUGCCACAUAUCUCAGGACCAAACAUUUCAAUGCCAGAUGUGGAUUUCAACCUGAAAGGUCCCCAAAUGAAAGGUGAUUUGGAUAUGUCACUGCCAAAGAUUGAGGGUGACAUAAAAGCACCUCAAGUUGAUGUCAAAGGUCCAGAGUUGGACAUCGAAGGGCCUAAGGGUGGAUUUGACAUGCCAAAAUUCAAAAUGCCAAAGUUUGGCUUCAAAGGUCCAAAAAUGGAAGGACCAGAUGUUGAUAUCAACCUCCCCAAAGGAGAUAUUGAUCUGAAAGCUCCUGACCUUGGAAUCAAAGGUCCAGAGGUUGAUAUCAAAGGACCUAAGGGUGGAUUUGAAAUGCCUACAAUCAAAAUGCCAUCAUUUGGCCUUAGUGGUCCAAAAGGAGAGGGUCCAGAUGUUGAGGUCAACCUCCCCAAGGCAAACAUUGACGUCAAAGGUCCAGAGGUUGAUAUUGAAGGCCCUGAUGCAAACUUGAAGGGACCCCACUUCAAACUGCCUUCAAUAAGAGGACCCAAGCUUCCAGAAUGGGAUCUAAGUCUGAAAGGGCCCAAAUUAAAGGGAGAUGCUGAUUUUUCAGUUCCGGACAUUGAAGGUGAGAUAAAAGCACCCAAGGUUGAUAUUGAAGGACCAGAUGUUGACAUUGAGGGUAAAGGAGGAUUCAAAAUGCCUACAAUCAAAAUGCCAACAUUUGGCUUCAAAAGUCCAAAAGUGGAGGGUCCAGAUGUUGAUGUUGACAUUAAAGGGCCAGAGGUUGACAUUGAAGGACAAGGUGCGAAAUUCAAAGGACCGAAAUUCAAAAUGCCACAUAUCUCAGGACCAAACAUUUCAAUGCCAGAUGUGGAUUUCAACCUGAAAGGUCCCCAAAUGAAAGGUGAUUUGGAUAUGUCACUGCCAAAGAUUGAGGGUGACAUAAAAGCACCUCAAGUUGAUGUCAAAGGUCCAGAGUUGGACAUCGAAGGGCCUAAGGGUGGAUUUGACAUGCCAAAAUUCAAAAUGCCAAAAUUUGGCUUCAAAGGUCCAAAAAUGGAAGGACCAGAUGUUGAUAUCAACCUCCCCAAAGGAGAUAUUGAUCUGAAAGCUCCUGACCUUGGAAUCAAAGGUCCAGAGGUUGAUAUCAAAGGACCUAAGGGUGGAUUUGAAAUGCCUACAAUCAAAAUGCCAUCAUUUGGCCUUAGUGGUCCAAAAGGAGAGGGUCCAGAUGUUGAGGUCAACCUCCCCAAGGCAAACAUUGACGUCAAAGGUCCAGAGGUUGAUAUUGAAGGCCCUGAUGCAAACUUGAAGGGACCCCACUUCAAACUGCCUUCAAUAAGAGGACCCAAGCUUCCAGAAUGGGAUCUAAGUCUGAAAGGGCCCAAAUUAAAGGGAGAUGCUGAUUUUUCAGUUCCGGACAUUGAAGGUGAGAUAAAAGCACCCAAGGUUGAUAUUGAAGGACCAGAUGUUGACAUUGAGGGGAAAGGAGGAUUCAAAAUGCCUACAAUCAAAAUGCCAUCAUUUGGCUUCAAAAGUCCAAAAGUGGAGGGUCCAGAUGUUGAUGUUGACAUUAAAGGGCCAGAGGUUGACAUUGAAGGACAAGGUGCGAAAUUCAAAGGACCGAAAUUCAAAAUGCCACAUAUCUCAGGACCAAACAUUUCAAUGCCAGAUGUGGAUUUCAACCUGAAAGGUCCCCAAAUGAAAGGUGAUUUGGAUAUGUCACUGCCAAAGAUUGAGGGUGACAUAAAAGCACCUCAAGUUGAUGUCAAAGGUCCAGAGUUGGACAUCGAAGGGCCUAAGGGUGGAUUUGACAUGCCAAAAUUCAAAAUGCCAAAGUUUGGCUUCAAAGGUCCAAAAAUGGAAGGACCAGAUGUUGAUAUCAACCUCCCCAAAGGAGAUAUUGAUCUGAAAGCUCCUGACCUUGGAAUCAAAGGUCCAGAGGUUGAUAUCAAAGGACCUAAGGGUGGAUUUGAAAUGCCUACAAUCAAAAUGCCAUCAUUUGGCCUUAGUGGUCCAAAAGGAGAGGGUCCAGAUGUUGAGGUCAACCUCCCCAAGGCAAACAUUGACGUCAAAGGUCCAGAGGUUGAUAUUGAAGGCCCUGAUGCAAACUUGAAGGGACCCCACUUCAAACUGCCUUCAAUAAGAGGACCCAAGCUACCAGAAUGGGAUCUAAGUCUGAAAGGGCCCAAAUUAAAGGGAGAUGCUGAUUUUUCAGUUCCGGACAUUGAAGGUGAGAUAAAAGCACCCAAGGUUGAUAUUGAAGGACCAGAUGUUGACAUUGAGGGGAAAGGAGGAUUCAAAAUGCCUACAAUCAAAAUGCCAACAUUUGGCUUCAAAAGUCCAAAAGUGGAGGGUCCAGAUGUUGAUGUUGACAUUAAAGGGCCAGAGGUUGACAUUGAAGGACAAGGUGCGAAAUUCAAAGGACCGAAAUUCAAAAUGCCACAUAUCUCAGGACCAAACAUUUCAAUGCCAGAUGUGGAUUUCAACCUGAAAGGUCCCCAAAUGAAAGGUGAUUUGGAUAUGUCACUGCCAAAGAUUGAGGGUGACAUAAAAGCACCUCAAGUUAAUGUCAAAGGUCCAGAGUUGGACAUCGAAGGGCCUAAGGGUGGAUUUGACAUGCCAAAAUUCAAAAUGCCAAAGUUUGGCUUCAAAGGUCCAAAAAUGGAAGGACCAGAUCUUGAUAUCAACCUCCCAAAAGGAAAUAUUGAUAUGAAAGCUCCUGACCUUGACAUCAACUGUCCAGAGGUUGAUAUUAAAGGACCUAAGGGUGGAUUUGACAUGCCUACAAUCAAAAUGCCAUCAUUUGGCCUUAGUGGUCCAAAAGGAGAGGGUCCAGAUGUUGAGGUCAACCUCCCCAAGGCAACCAUUGACGUCAAAGGUCCAGAGGUUGAUAUUGAAGGCCCUGAUGCAAAAUUGAAAGGGCCCCACUUCAAACUGCCUCAAAUAAAAGGACCCAAGCUACCAGAAUGGGAUCUAAGUCUGAAAGGGCCCAAAUUAAAGGGAGAUGCUGAUGUGUCUGUUCCGGAGAUUGAGGGUGAAAUAAAAGGUCCCAAGGUUGAUAUUGAAGGACCAGAUGUUGACAUUGAGGGCCCCAAAGGAGGAUUCAAAAUGCCUACAAUCAAAAUGCCAUCACUUGGCUUCAAAGGUCCAAAAGUGGAGGGUCCAGAUGUUGAUGUUGACAUUAAAGGGCCAGAGGUUGACAUUGAAGGACAAGGUGCAAAAUUCAAAGGACCGAAAUUCAAAAUGCCACAUAUCUCAGGACCAAGCAUUUCAAUGCCAGAUGUGGAUUUCAACCUGAAAGGUCCCCAAAUGAAAGGUGAUUUGGAUAUGUCACUGCCAAAGAUUGAGGGUGACAUAAAAGCACCUCAAGUUGAAGUCAAAGGUCCAGAGUUGGACAUCGAAGGGCCUAAGGGUGGAUUUGACAUGCCAAAAUUCAAAAUGCCAAAGUUUGGCUUCAAAGGUCCAAAAAUGGAGGGUCCAGAUGUUGAUAUCAACCUCCCAAAAGGAAAUAUCGAUAUGAAAGCUCCUGAGCUUGACAUCAAAGGUCCAGAGGUUGAUAUUAAAGGACCAAAGGGUGGAUUUGACAUGCCUACAAUCAAAAUGCCAUCAUUUGGCCUUAGUGGCCCAAAAGUGGAGCGUCCAGAUGUUGAUAUUAACCUCCCCAAAGCAAACAUUGCCAUAAAUGCUCCUGAUAUUGAGUGCCCUAAUGCAAACUUGAAAGGACCCCACUUCAAAAUGCCUACGAUAAAAGGACCCAAGCUGCCAGAAUGGGAUCUAAGUCUGAAAGGCCCCAAAUUAAAGGGAGAUGCCAAUGUGUCAGUUCCAAAGCUUGAGGGUGAGGUAAAAGGUCCCAAGUUUGAUAUUGAAGGACCAGAUAUUGACAUUGAUGGCUCCAAAGGAGGAUUCAAAAUGCCUACAAUCAAAAUGCCAUCAUUUGGCAUCAGAAGUCCAAAAAUGGAGGGUCCAGAUGUUGAUAUCAACCUCCCCAAAGCAAAUAUCGAUAUAAAUGCUCCUGACCUUGACAUCAAAGGUCCAGAGGUAGAUAUCAAAGGACCUAAGGGUGGAUUUGACAUGCCUACAAUUAAAAUGCCAUCAUUUGGCCUCAGUGGUCCAAAAGUGGAGGGUCCAGAUGUUGAUGUUGACAUUAAAGGGCCAGAGGUUGACAUUGAAGGACAAGGUGCAAAAUUCAAAGGACCGAAAUUCAAAAUGCCAAAUAUCUCAGGACCAAACAUUUCAAUGCCAGAUGUGGAUUUCAACCUGAAAGGUCCCAAAAUCAAAAGUGAUGUGGAUAUGUCACUGCCCAAGAUUGAGGGGGACAUAAAACCUCCCCAGGUUGAUUUCGAAGGACCAGAUGUUGACAUCAAGGGCCACAAAGGCGGCUUCAAAAUGCCUAAAUUCAAAAUUCCAUCCUUUGGGCUAAAAGGUCCUCAUGUUGAAGGGCCAGAAAUUGAUGUCAGCCACCCAAAAGUAAAUGUUGAUAUUAAAGCUCCUGAGUUGGACAUCAAAGGACCUGAUGUUGAUAUUGAGAGUCCAAGUGCCAAAGCCAAAGGACCCAAAUUCAACAUGCCAAGUUUUUCUGGACCAAAACCUUCCAUGCCAGAUGUGGAUUUCAACCUAAGGGGCCCCACAGGCCCAAAUAUUGAUAUCGAAGGACCACAUGUUGACAUUGAAGGUCACAAAGGAGGAUUUAAAAUGCCUAAAUUUAAACUGCCAACAUUUGGGCUGAAAGGUCCAAAUGUUGAAGGGGCAGAAGUUGAUGUCAGCCUCCCAAAAGCUGAUGUCGAUAUUAAAUCUCCUGACUUAGAGAUCAAAGGACCUGCCAUUGAUAUUGACAGUCCGAGUGGUAGAGUCAAAGGACCCAAAUUCAAAAUGCCAACGAUGUCAGGACCAAAAAUGUCCAUGCCAGAUGUGGAUUUCAAACUGAAAGGUCCCAAAAUUAAAGGUGAUUUAGAUAUGUCACUGCCAAAGAUUGAGGGUGACAUAAAAGCACCUGAAAUUGAUGUCAAGGGUCCAGAGCUGGACAUUGAAGGGCCUAAGGGUGGAUUUGACAUGCCAAAAUUCAAAAUGCCAAAGUUUGGCUUCAAAGGUCCAAAAAUGGAAGGACCAGAUGUUGAUAUCAACCUCCCCAAAGGAGAUAUUGAUCUGAAAGCUCCUGACCUUGGAAUCAAAGGUCCAGAGGUUGAUAUCAAAGGACCUAAGGGUGGAUUUGAAAUGCCUACAAUCAAAAUGCCAUCAUUUGGCCUUAGUGGUCCAAAAGGAGAGGGUCCAGAUGUUGAGGUCAACCUCCCCAAGGCAAACAUUGACGUCAAAGGUCCAGAGGUUGAUAUUGAAGGCCCUGAUGCAAACUUGAAGGGACCCCACUUCAAACUGCCUUCAAUAAGAGGACCCAAGCUUCCAGAAUGGGAUCUAAGUCUGAAAGGGCCCAAAUUAAAGGGAGAUGCUGAUUUUUCAGUUCCGGACAUUGAAGGUGAAAUAAAAGCACCCAAUGUUGAUAUUGAAGGACCAGAUGUUGACAUUGAGGGGAAAGGAGGAUUCAAAAUGCCUACAAUCAAAAUGCCAUCAUUUGGCUUCAAAAGUCCAAAAGUGGAGGGUCCAGAUGUUGAUGUUGACAUUAAAGGGCCAGAGGUUGACAUUGAAGGACAAGGUGCAAAAUUCAAAGGACCGAAAUUCAAAAUGCCACAUAUCUCAGGACCAAACAUUUCAAUGCCAGAUGUGGAUUUCAACCUGAAAGGUCCCCAAAUGAAAGGUGAUUUGGAUAUGUCACUGCCAAAGAUUGAGGGUGACAUAAAAGCACCUCAAGUUGAUGUCAAAGGUCCAGAGUUGGACAUCGAAGGGCCUAAGGGUGGAUUUGACAUGCCAAAAUUCAAAAUGCCAAAGUUUGGCUUCAAAGGUCCAAAAAUGGAAGGACCAGAUGUUGAUAUCAACCUCCCCAAAGGAGAUAUUGAUCUGAAAGCUCCUGACCUUGGAAUCAAAGGUCCAGAGGUUGAUAUCAAAGGACCUAAGGGUGGAUUUGAAAUGCCUACAAUCAAAAUGCCAUCAUUUGGCUUCAGUGGUCCAAAAGUGGAGGGUCCAGAUGUUGAUAUCAACCUCCCCAAAGGCAACAUUGAUGUUAACGAUCCUGACAUUGAUAUCAAAGGUCCCAAGGUUGACAUCAAAGGACCUAAGGGUGGAUUUGACAUGCCUUCAAUCAAAAUGCCAAAGUUUAGCUUAAGUGGUCCAAAAGUGGAGGGUCCAGAUGUUGAUAUCAACCUCCCCAAAGGCAACAUUGAUGUUAACGCUCCUGACAUUAAUAUGAAAGGUCCCAAGGUUGAUAUCAAAGGACCUAAGGGUGGAUUUGACAUGCCUACAAUCAAAAUGCCAAAGUUUGACUUAAGUGGUCCAAAAGUGGAGGGUCCAGAUGUUGAUAUCAACCUCCCCAAAGGCAACAUUGAUGUUAACGAUCCUGACAUUGAUAUCAAAGGUCCCAAGGUUGACAUCAAAGGACCUAAGGGUGGAUUUGACAUGCCUUCAAUCAAAAUGCCAAAGUUUAGCUUAAGUGGUCCAAAAGUGGAGGGUCCAGAUGUUGAUAUCAACCUCCCCAAAGCCAACAUUGAUGUUAAAGCUACUGACUUUGACAUCAAAGGGCCAGAGGUUGACAUUGAAGGACAAGGUGGAAAAUUCAAAGUUCCAAAAUUCAAAAUGCCAAAUGUCUCAGGACCAAAUAUUUCAAUGCCAGAUGUGGAUUUCAACCUGAAGGGUCCCCAAAUGAAAGGUGAUUUGGAUAUGUCACUCCCAAAGAUUGAGGGUGACAUAAAAGGACCUGAAGUUGAUGUCAAAGGUCCAGAGUUUGACAUCAAAGGGUCUAAGGGUGGAUUUGACAUGCCAAAAAUCAAAAUGCCAACGCUUGGCUUCAAAGGUCCUAAAGUUGAGGGUCCACAUGUUGAUAUCAACCUCCCCAAAGCCAACAUUGAUGUAAAUGCUCCUGACUUUGACAUCAAAGGUCCAGAGGUUGACAUUGAAGGCCCUGAUGCAAACUUGAAAGGACCCCACUUCAAACUCCCUUCAACAAAAGGACCCAAGCUGCCAGAAUGGGAUCUAAGUCUGAAAGGGCCCAAAUUAAAGGGAGAUGCCAAUGUCUCAGUUCCAAAGAUUGAGGGUGGAAUAAAAGGUCCCAAGGUUGAUAUUGAAGGACCAGAAGUUGACAUCGAGGGCCCGAAAGGAGGAUUCAAAAUGCCUACAAUCACAAUGCCAUCAUUUGGCUUGAAAGGUUCAAAAGGGGAGAGUCUAGAUUUUGAUGUAAACCUUCCCAAAGCAAAUAUCGAUAUGAAAGCACCUGAAGUUGACAUGAAAGCUCCGGAGCUUGACAUCAAAGGGCCAAACGCAAAAUUCAAAGGACCAAAAGUAGAUUUUGAAGGGCCUAAGGGUGGAAUCGAAAUGCCUAAAAUUACAAUGCCAUCAUUUCAUAUUAAAGGUCCAAAAGUGGAGGGUUCAGAUGUUGAUAUAAACCUUCCCACAGGUAGCAUUGAUGCGAAAGCACCUAAAUUUGAGAUGGGCCUAAAAGGGCCUAAAGUGAAAGGAAAGAUUGAUGCAUCAGUGCCUAAAUUGGAAGCAGAUGUCAAGGGUCCAAAGGCUCACAUUGCAGCACCCACUAUCACUAUGGAAGGUGUUUCUCUUGGCCCUGAAAAAACUGGUGUCACAUUUCCCAAGUUCAAAGGUCCUAAGUUUGGAAUGAAAUCUCCAGAAGUGGAGGGAAAGACAACCUUGUCAAGUGGUGGGGUAAAAGGUUUAAAAACAGAAGUUAGUCUCCCAAAUACUGAAGCAAGUCUUGAUGCCCCUGAUAUUGACAUCAAUGUACAGGGGAAAAAGGGCAAAUUUAAACUCCCUAAAGUGAAAGGAAAGGCAAAGAAACCUGAUGUUGACAUAGAAAUACCAACAGCAGACCUAGAUGUAGACUCACCCAAUAUUCAUGUCAAAGGAACAAAGGUCAAGAAGCCCCUCUUUGGUAAGCUUCAUUUUCCUGAUGUGGAAUUAGAUAUCAAAUCACCAAAAUUGAAAGGUGAUGGAUCUCUAUCAGAGGGAUUCAGAUCACCUGAGAUAGAUCUUCCAUCUGCUAGCUUGAACACCACUGUUGAAGGCUCUGCUGUCAGUCCAAAAGUUAAUUUGGGAGGAACAGAUGUGAAAUUAAAGACUCCUAAUAUAAAUGUGCCAAAUGUGAAAGUUUCCACUCCCGAUAUUGAUGCAAAUCUAAACAGAAAAGGAGAGGCAACCAUGUCUGCAGGUUUGAAAGGCCCAGGCAUAAAUGUGAAAGGUGGUGCAGAGUUUGAUGCAAGUGCUUCAGGGGGCAGUGCAAGUGGUGGCUUUCAAUACCCAGAAGGCACAGUAACAUUUCCCAAAAUGAAGGUACCAAAGUUUGGUAUUGCUCUGCCUCAGUUGGAAGGCCAGGGAGGUGAAGGAAAUGUUGAGACAGCUAGUGGAGGCAUAAACAUACAGUCUCCAUCUGUAAGUUGCCAAGUCAGUUCACAAAAUAUUGAGGUUCCCAGUCCAGAACUGAGAAACAGAGAGGGAAAAUUAAAGGUAAAGAUGCCAAAAUUGUUUGGAAAAUCAAAAGCAAAGGGUAGUAGUGCAGGAGACCUUCAGGGACCAGGUGUAGAAUUAAGUGGAAAAGGCGGUAAGGUACAUACUGGGGAACUGAAGGGUGGAAAAUUAGAAUUUGAGGGUGAUCCUGGGCUCAGUGUGUCAACUAAAGGCAAGUCAGCCUCACUGGAUCUAUUUAAGAAAUCAAGGCAUCGAUCUUCUUCUCUCAGUGACGAGGGGGGGCUUGCAGUUAGUUCUCCUUCAGGUCAUUUAGAAGCAGAGGGUGGCGACAUUUCAUUAGACCUAGGAGGAAGCAAGGACAAAGGAAAGAAAGGCAAGUUGAAGUUUGGCACCUUUGGAGGUUUUGGUUCAAAGUCAAAGGGCUCAUAUGAAGUGUCACUUGGUGGUGAGGGUGAAGCAGGUGCAGGUGCUUCUCUACCUUCUAAAAAAUCGAGAUUGUCUUCAUCUUCGAGCAGUGACAGUGGUUCAAGAGGUGGUUUCAGGUUCCCAAGACUUGAACUAUCUGUUUCACCAAAAAAAGAUUAAUUAUGAGGUAAAUUAAACUUUCUCAUGUACACCCAACACUCUCCUAAUGUGGAAAAUGAUUCAAUCUAUAGAUCUUUAAAAAACCAAGGGGACAUUCACAGUCAUCUCAAUACUGUUCACAAUUAGACAGGGGUGCAUGAGAUUGUUUAAAAUCCCUUCAAACUGUAAAUAAGAUUAAUUUGUAUUGUAAUAAUAAAUAUUGUUUUUUUUUGUACAUAGUCCAGAUUUAUUGAACAUAUGCCAUCUCACCAAAUUGUAAUAGUUUAUUACAGGGUUUGUAAUUUUUGCCUAUUUCAUCCUAUUAAAUGAAUGUUAUUAAUGGACGGGUGUGGUAUAUUUGUAUCCAGGGGUCUAUUGCACAGAACAGAUAGUUAAAGUAGUUGUUUUGAAGGAAACAUGUUGUUUAUACACUCAUACCCAAAUACAAACAGUUACCAUUUUUUAUGUAUGAAAUGAUUUUAUUUUCAAGUUUGAUAUUAUAUAAUCACUGCAGAAGCAUAUUAAGACAACAUAAUGCUGGUCCUUUGUAACACAUUCUAAAGAGUAAUGCAGUUAUAUCAUAAAUGCAAAGACAAUCACUGUUUGGAGACUACCAAUUCUCUAAAUUGCUGUCAGUACUUUUCUGUUCAUUUUUAAAAAAUAAUCUUUAUUCACCCUCUGGUUCUGUGCCAUUGACCACAAAUAUGCAUUGUUAGAAUUGUUUUAAACAUGUUUUGCUUCCUAAUCUUGUGUCAUUUUCAUUCUUACCUGUUGUAUGAUCCUCUGUAUUUUAUUUGCUGUCACUGUCUCUUUGUACACAAAUCAUAUGAUAAUGUAAAAAAAAAAAGUCACAAAUAAACUGUCUCUUUUUGAUUGCAAACUAAAUCUGUGAUGAUCGAGAGUUGCAAAGUUUUAAUCAGAUAUGAUGGAGAUAGAGCAUGAUUCUUUGGUCUAUUUUUUUGUGUGCAUUCUGCCAAAUAAACAAAAUAAAAAUA